GCGGCGCACAACGGAAAGUGGACAUGUCUUUUACGUGGUCGACAGAUGACGAGUAGGCGGAGCCUGUCCGUUUCUUAUAAACCACGUGAGAACCGUGGAAUUAUUCUUCAUAUUCACUGCGACAUUCGGAUGAGCCGGAUCUUCUACACCAAACAGAAAGGAAGAAAUCCAAAGAAGAAAUGAAGACGACGGUCGUUACAAUUCCUAUAAUUGUGGUGCUGAUGGCUGUAUUGACCACGGAAUUGCUAGGUCAUCCUACUCCCGACCAACGCAGCCAACAUCAUAAUCAUCGUCACCAACACACCGAUCCUAAUAGCGGCAGAGCUUCGCGUCUCCUUUAUUCUCCGAGAUCGCGUUCGCUCAGCAACAAUAACGUGCCCGACAUGCACACUGCCCUUCGCAGAUUGAGAGAAAGUCAACAAAUGGCGGCACUAACUGAAAGGCAAUCGAAUUCAGCUGGGAUUGUUAAUGAUCAACAACCAAAUGAAAUGGAUGGACCCCACAUGAAUCGAAGUGAAGAAGACGAGAAUUCCCUUAAAGAGUUGUGUCAUGCCAAAAUAUUGCAAAAAUGCGGAUCGGCAGUGAUUGAAGGUUUCGCCGAAACUGAUUUGCCUUUGAAUCAAAAGUGUCGAAUUCGAGAAAAUUUUCUUCAUUGCGUCAUCAAGAUGAAGAGACACACGUGUCAUAAACGUACUCGCGAAGACCUACUUUUAACCGAUGAAUAUAUUCGAACUCUUCGUCAACAGAUACUCACGUUACUUUGGUCGGCUCGUGGUUGCGUCUUGGGCAUGGAAGCACCCAAGUAGUCUGUAGCCUGUUACAUCUAACGUACAGUUUAUCCUAUCACAAAGUCCAAUUUUUUUAUUGUUUAUUUAUUAUUUCAAUUCAUUUACUUAAUCUCAUUUGAUUGACGGUACUAUUCCUCGUGUGAUCCUCUCAUUCAUGAAUGUCUUUAACUGCAACAUUACAAUGUUCUGAUAUAUCUGUUUAUGUUCAUGUAACUGGAUCAACCUUUAUUGGAUGUAUUGAAUGCAAUGAUUUUUAAAUCUUGGGAAGACCAGAGGAAAACGUAAAAGUAAGAACCAAUGCCUUAGACGUAGAUUAACCCUAUAUUUUUCGUGUUUCAACAUUGAGCCAUUGUGUAUUUUGCUAUCAAAACAUCUAGCGAUAAUUUACCGGUUUGUAAUCAGCAGUAAACUGAUUUUCUAAUUGA